CCCCUCUCAUUUGAAUUUCCCCCCUCCCCCACACACCUGUUGUGUACCUUCACACACUAAUGACAGCGUGGAUCGUCCUCCCCAUUAGCCUCUCUGCCUUCUCAAUUACUGGAAUAUGGAUUGUGUAUGCCAUGGCAGUGAUGAAUCACCACGUAUGCCCUGUUGAGAACUGGUCCUACAAUGAGUCCUGUUCUUCUGAAACCGCCAAGCAUGGCUACCCAAAAAGCUGCUGCACCUUAGAGGAUAUCCCUUUGAUCAGUAAAUGCGGCACAUACCCUCCUGAAAGUUGCCUCUUCAGCCUUAUUGGAAAUGUUGGGGCUUUCAUGGUGGUGGUCAUCUGUUUCCUGCGCUAUGGGCAGCUGAUAGAACAGAGCCACAGCUCCUGGGUGAACACCACAGCGCUGAUCACAGGCUGUACCAACGCUGCAGGCUUGGUCAUGGUUGGCAAUUUCCAGGUGGACUAUGCGAAAUCUCUUCACUACAUUGGAGCUGGUGUUGCCUUUCCAGCCGGCCUGCUCUUCGUCUGCCUUCAGUGCGUCCUCACCUAUCAUGUUGCAGUCUCUGCCCUGGACUUCUGGAUGGCGCAUCUCCGUGUCUUCCUUACUACCGUGGCCUUAAUCUCCCUUGUCCUCAGUGGCAUCUUCUUCAUCCACGAGAGCUUCCACCUGCAGCAUCUGGCUGCCAUCUGCGAAUGGCUUUUUGUCAUCGACAUCCUGGUCUUCUACGGCACUUUCACCUACGAGUUUGGCGCCGUCUCCAAUGACACCUUGGUGGCUGCACUGCAGCAUUCGAACAGCAGGGGGUGCAAGUCCCCAGGGAGCAGCAGCACUUCCACACACCUCAACUGUAACCCUGAGAGCAUUGCCAUGAUAUGAAGGAGGGGCAGGGGAAGGCUU